CAGACACAAUUUCUCAAUAUAAUCCCAAACGUGUACACACACUGACACACAUUCACACACCAUCAAGUCUCACAAAUCUUAUCAUCCCAAAAUCAACCCCAAACCAAUGGAUUCCGAGAUCGCCGUCGACGUCUCUCCGGUGUUUAAAAUCUACAAGAGUGGCCGCAUCGAGCGUCUCAUGGGCGAAACCACCGUCCCACCUUCUUCAGACCCAGAAAACGGCGUCGUUUCCAAAGACGUCGUUUAUUCUCCCGACGACAACCUCUCCGUCCGCAUUUACCUCCCGGAGAAAGCCGCCGCAGAGUCCGGCGAGAAACUCCCUCUCCUCGUCUACUUCCACGGCGGAGGAUUCGUCAUCGAAACAGCUUUCUCCCCGACUUACCACACCUUCCUCACGGCGGCAACCUCCGCCUCCGAUUGCGUCGCCGUCUCGGUUGAUUACCGGCGUGCACCGGAGCAUCCGAUUCCGAUCUCUUACGAUGAUUCGUGGACGGCUCUCAAAUGGGUAUUCUCUCACAUCGCCGGAUCUGGCUCGGAGGAUUGGUUAAACAAACACGCCGAUUUCGGGAAGGUGUUUCUCGCUGGAGACAGCGCCGGCGCGAACAUCGCACACCACAUGGCGACGAGAGCUGCGAAGGAGAAACUCUGUUCGGAUUUAGACGGUGGUGAUUCGGGGAUCUCCGGGAUCAUCUUGGUUCAUCCUUAUUUCUGGUCGAGAACACCGAUCGACGACAAGGAGACGAGGGAUGCGACGAUGAGGUCAAAGAUCGAAGCUUUUUGGAUGAUGGCUAGUCCGAACAACAAAGACGGUGCGGAUGAUCCGUGGAUCAACGUGGUGAAAUCAGAGUCGGUGGAUUUGUCUGGGUUGGGUUGUGGGAAGGUUUUGGUUAUGGUGGCUGAGAAAGACGCGUUGGUGAGGCAAGGUUUGGGUUACGCGGCGAAGCUUGAGAAGAGUGGUUGGAAAGGAAGAGUGGAGUUGGUGGAGAGUGAAGGAGAAGAUCAUGUUUUUCAUUUGAUGAAACCUGAUUGUGACAAGGCUCUUGAAGCCAUGCAGAGAUUCUCAGGGUUUAUUAAGGGAGAUGAUAAGUAGAGAGAGCUUUUGUGCUUUCGAGGAUUAUGGAAUCAUUUGGUAUUCUUAGAUGUGUCUCUCUUUUAGUCUCUGUAAUCUUUGAAUGAUUAGCAUUUUGGCUUCAACAACACAAGAAAACAAAAAGUUUAUUAUAUCUAGUAAGUGAUUAGUUAAUU